UCAGAUCAACUUGGUGUUUAUUUGAUCUCGCUCCACGAUGAGUUUUAUGAGCGAUUAUGAAAAGCGUAUGCUUAAGAAUAGAGAAGAAAACAAGAAAGUACUUGCAAGUCUUGGUUUAGAUARGCCCUUCUUUCCAAUCUCGAAUGCACAACGCAAAGUACCGGCUAAACAAGGAACUAAAAGAAAACGCAGUGAGAAUGAAAACUCUCGCAAAGCUCAGCGAACGUCUGCAGACAGUGUGCAAACGCGUGAGCUUGUGCAGUCAAGUGAAGAAGACUGGAGAAUCAAGUAUGGCAGAAGGCGUUCAGGACGAUUGAUGGGAAAGGAGCCUAGUGAUUUUCAGGGUCUCAGUUUUGAAGAAGAAUAUGAAGAAGAAGAGGAAAAACCAAAAAGAACACCAAGAAACAGAGAAAAUGUCUUUGGACAAAUUCCUGGUAUUGAAGUUGGUACAACCUGGAGUACAAGACUUGAGUGUUCUGCAGAUGGUGUCCACAGGCCCACUGUUGCCGGUAUCCAUGGAAAUGCAUCAGAGGGAUGCUAUUCCUUAGCUCUGUCAGGUGGCUAUGAGGAUGACGUAGAUUAUGGAGACUGUUUUACAUACACUGGUGAAGGUGGAAGAGAUCUUAAAGGCACCAAAUCCAAUCCUAAGAAUCUUCGCACAGCCCCUCAAUCAAAGGACCAAACUUUGACUCGAGGAAACCUGGCUCUCACAAAAAAUGUUGAGAAAGGACGCCCUGUGCGAGUGAUCAGGGGAUACAAGUUGGACAGUCCAUUUGCACCAGAAGAGGGCUACAGAUACGAUGGUUUGUAUACCGUGGAGAAGUACUGGCAGUCAGUAGGUUUGAGUGGUUACAUGGUGUACAAGUUUGCGCUAAAAAGGUCCGACAACCAGCCUCCUGCAGUGUGGCACGCCAGUAAGGAUGAGGAUGAAAGUGCUGUAGAAGAAGACUCAGAAGAUAUGGAGCAGGACAAUACUGUCUCUCCAUGCAGUACCCCUUCAGAAGACAACAAAGAUCCUGCAGAAAAGUCUGGUCAAAACAACAACACAGACGGUGGCGACGGUAAAACAAAUGAAAAUGGCGCUGAUGACAAUGGCGCCGAUGUGAAAAGCACACAACACGACGAUAAAAAUAAUACUGCUGUGCAUGCAAGUAGUGAUGAAAGUGUUGAACGAACGGAUAAUGAGUCUAAGCAAGAUGGUGGUGGCUAUGAUGCUGCUGGUGAUAAUGAAGAUGAUGACCACGUGAAUACCACCUCUGGGCAGCAUGAUGACGGUAAUGAACAAACUAAUGUCAAGGCCACACAAGGUGAGAAUGAUGAUGAUGAUGAUAAUGAUGAACAUCAYGUGACCAAUGCUAUUCAACAGGAAGAUAGUAAUAAACAAACAAAUAUCAAGGCCACACAAGGUGAGAAUGAUGAUGCUGAUGAUGAACAUCACGUGACCAAUGCCAUUCAACAGGAAGACAACGAUAAAACAAGUGAAGCCAAGGCCACACAAGGUGAGAAUGAUGAUGCCGAUAAUAACGAUGAACAUCACGUGAUCAAUGCCAUUCAACAGGAAGACAAUGAUAAAACAAGUGAAGCCAAGGCCACACAAGAUGAUGUGAAUGAUGAUGAUAAAAACCCAGUGAAAAAUGCUGCUCAAGACCCAAAUAGUGACUGAGCUUAUUGGAACUAGUUAAUAAAUUAAAAGCGCGGGUUUUCAUGGGAAGGAGCUCACGUUGACGGACAGAAAAUAUAAUUGUCUCACCUGAAGACCGUCAUCUUUUGGGGCUUUGCACCACCACGUGACGGCAGCUGUAUUAGAUGGCUGGUAAAAUACAGUCGUCCUACAUAAGAAAGAAUUUAAUUCCCGAGAAGAAAAGAGAUUUUAUUGUUCUGCCAUCUAAUCACAGGCAGCCCAAGCUGUAUUAUGGGCGCCGGCACGUGAUGGUGCAAAAUCUCUAUUAACUUUUUACUUUUAAAAUAUUAUAGCAAGAAUAGAUUAUCAUGGGUUUUUAUAUAUUGCUGAAGUCAAAACUUGAUAAAGUAUCAUAGAUGUUAUAUUUUAACUUCAUAAAUGUCCCUAAGGGAUAGAUACAAGUAGCCAUGUUGAGCGAUUUUAAUGUACUACGGCCUUUCAAUAUGACAUCAAUUUCUCUUAGGAAUUAUUUUUAAGCCACACCUUAAUGUAAUCGACUAAAAUAAGUAUCGAAAUAUAUAACUAUCGUGCAAAGGGAAUAGACAGUGUUUUUAUUUUUAUCAUGUGUACGAAUAUGAUAGCAAAUGUCACUAUAUUUACACCUACCAUCAAUAGUAUGGUUACUGCCUAUCUUGUAUACCUGGUUUAGGGACGUGUUAACACAACUAAAUUGUGAAAAAUCUCGCAAAAUCAAUGUCUGUAUAAAUCCGGAUAAAUUUGAAAA